UCUCAGUGCUCGCUGAGGAGGGACUCAGAGAGAGCCGCUGCUCGCAGGCUGCCUCUCUCCGGAAGAAUGCGGACGGUGGGAGAAGAGAUUCCACUACAGUUAAUUAAGGAGCACUCCACACGUGCCCGUAAAUGCGAGAGGGUGGCAAAUGAAUUCAGUGUCAGCGGGGGGCUCCUCCUCAAGGUGAAGCAGUGGGCUUUCAAAAGGUGGAACUGAAAAGAGCUUUAAAUUUUAUUUUCCUGUCUCCGGCUUGACGGUUCUGUCUGAGUCACUGGACUGUUGCCAUCAAAGUGUGGAGGCAGAGUCACAGGACUUCUCUCUUCCAGCCACAUUCAGACUUGCAUGGAUGGGAUCAGCAUAAGUAGAAAGAUGGAUGGAUUUAUGACUUUCUGUUGAGAUAUUUGUACAUAGUGUGUUGGGUUGUUCAGCAGAUGUGUCCUGUCAUGUCCUGGCUGCUCUGCCUGUGCCUCUGGCUCAGUCUGACGGCCAUCCAGCUGUGCCAGGCCACCUUCUACGACACCAUCCAACAGCGUCCUGGGACGAGGCCGGGCCGAACCACAGUGCACAUGAUCGAGGGGGGCACCUGUGAAGUAAUAGCUGCUCACAGGUGCUGUAAUAAGAAUCGAAUCGAGGAGCGAUCUCAGACGGUGAAGUGUUCCUGUCUGCCAGGGAAGGUGGCCGGAACCACAAGAAACAGGCCUUCGUGUGUUGACGCAUCUAUAGUAAUUGGGAAGUGGUGGUGUGAGAUGGAGCCUUGUCUGGAGGGGGAGGAGUGCAAAACACUUCCUGACAACUCAGGCUGGAUGUGCUACGCCGGGAACAAGAUCAAAACGACAAGGAACACUCAGCCAUACACAACAUCAACAUAUUAACAUUUGGUGAAGAGGAUGCAAGGGAAUACUUCGUCUUCAAAGCACUGUCAUUGGACCAAUUAUCACAAGAGACAAUGAGCCCAUUGUUGCUUCAAGAAAUGUGAACACUUUCAAAUAAAAGUGUAAAAAGAUGUAGAAUACGUAAAGCACGUCUUCCUUGAGGUGCCCAAAAACACCAAGGCUCCGAGCAGCCUGUGAGGAACUUCGUCAUACCCCUUGUAAUAAAUCUAUUUUCAUCCCCCCACCCCCCCAACUUUGAGAUGGAGCUCAGCUGUUUCUGCAUUUGGAUUAAUGCUUGGAGAGUGACUGAUUGGUGAGACAGAUGUGCUGCAAAAUACCAAACAGGAGAAGGAAUGAUCAAAGGACUGGGGAAGUGCAGACGUUGACAGCCCUCAGGAUUUUUUUUAAUUUUUUUCUUUGUCCUUUUUUUUAUUAUUGUCAGAUGUAAAAUUAUGUGCAAAAACUGUUUGUCUUUUCCAGUGUACAUGAAAACUUUAUUUGUGCUGUUGGUAAACCCUCUCAUAGAAAACUCAACAAGGCCAAAGGUUGAUGAGGUAAAAUAUAUGGUGUGACGAUGAAACAGAUGCUUUGUGAAAAAAAAAAAACGUUUUAUAAAAAAAAAAAAACAGCUUGUGYGUCUUGACAYAUUUUCCAUUUUGUCCGUAGGGUACUUGUAUGCCUUUGAUUCCUUCUUUGUGAAUCUAGCUCGGUAACAUCUAAGCUACCCUAGAACUAAUGAAUUCACCAGAAAUGUGAAAUCAGUAGGUUCUUUUCAAUACUUGAAAUGCCUUAUUUAUGUUCAGUCAUUCACAGGAUGAUGCUGUACAUACGAAGACGUUCGUUGGUGUGUGCUGGAUUCCAUUAAAGUCAUUGUUCCUGGAA